AUGACCAUGCUUGUAUGCACCACACUCACCGAUGAGUACGAGCUUGACUUGGGAGCGAAGACUCAGCCACCAGUCAACAUCGACGAUCUCCUCUUCAGUACGUAUCAUCUCAUGGCUGUCACCAAAGUGCAAUUUGCCACGGUACGAUGUCGACACCAGCAUAGUACAUUGCGAAAGAUGAUGACCUCUACUUCUGCGCGCCCUGGAACGCUCAUCGAGUCGUCAGGUUACAUGAGAAGCAACGACGCGCUGAAAUGGAAGGAUAUCGAACUCUAUACGGUGAAACACCCGGACGAUCCAAACUGUCAGGUCCUUCUUAUGCGAGUCAAGCAUAGGUUAAAUAAGGGCAAGAGAAACCGGGGCAUCCCGCCAGUGUACACAUACACUGAACGGAAUGAUAGCCUCGGCCUUUGUGUUAUCCAAGACAUACUAGAAUAUGCAUUUCUUGACAGUGCUUUUGCCAGUGAGCGUAUCAAGAAGCCUCGAGAUAUCUGGCUCUAUACCCAUGUCCCAGACCAUCGACUCAGCACCCCCAUCCACUUCAAAGAGAGCAUGAAGGAAAUCCCGAUAUUUCGUCGCCCUGUGAAGGAUUCCGAGGGAAGAUGGAUCACUCAUCCCACACUAGCUUACCAAUACGAUCGAGCGCAGGAAUAUGAGAUUGCCACCAGCAGGUCAGCAGGUUUUAAGACUCCCGGCUCUCUUUACAAAUAUCGGAAAGGAGCUGCGGCUAAUUUGAAACAUCUCGAUGAACACUCCCGGAACAUUAUCAUGGGCCACAAGAGAAGUGGUACCUUCGCCUACUAUGUCCAGGUCCAGGAUGACACCCAAUCAGCCUUUAUGGAGACUCCCGCAAGAGAUGCUUUAAUUAAGCUGGCUACCAAUUUGACAGCUGCGCAAGACAGCAAUUUCGCGUCGUAA